CUCGCUGUACAGUACAACUUAGUUAGCGGUUUUGUUUGUGUUGAUUCUUUCGCUCUCAGAUUUAUUUUUUUUUUCACAAAGCGAAGCUUUGAACUCGAACUCAAAACGCAUUAUGGCUGCGACUGGAGUUGUUUCGCUCGAGGACAUCGUUGGACGUGGGCAAGCACCUACGGAAGCCGAGAAAAAUCAAACGCAGAAAGAACUGACAACAAAACCCAAAAAGCCGGAGAGUAUGAUUCCACGAGGGAAACCAAAAUCUGGUAAAUUUUGGAAAGUGAACAAGCAAAGAGCUUCUUCUUUGAAAACAACUAGAGGACUGAAAAUAGCAAACUCAUUUGAGAAAAAGGAAAAGCUGAGGGCAGACCUGAAGCAUGCUAAGGAACUGAGUAGAAGCAGGUUAGAGGAGAGGAAGAAGGAAAUUGAAGCUAAAAAGGAGAGGCGAAGGGAAAAUCUGAAGAGACGUGAGGAAAAUAGGAAAAAAUCUGAGAUUGUCCAAGUAAUUCGGAAUCCAGCAAAAAUUAAACGCAUGAGGAAGAAGCAGCUAAGGAUGAUCGAAAAACGAGACACAACUAACAUGUAAGGUUCUAAUAUUCCAAAUAAAAAACAAUAAUGACUGGUUCA